AUGCGUCCCGACGCCAUCUCCGUUCUCGCAGCCUUCCUCGCUGUAGGCGGUCUUGAACUCGUCGCAGCUCAAGAUGCUUCAGAAGCGCACGUUCAGCGGCCCCGCUGGUACUUCCCGCAGGACGUCAAGCGAACGAUUCGCAGAAACGCUGAACCCGACCCUGGCUCUAUCCUCGACGCUGUAUUCGACAAUUUAACUUCUACCCAAGUUACUUCAUCCACGGCUACUCCCACCCCCGAAACUUCCGCCCCGGCUCAACCCCAGAAGGGACAGGAAGUCGUUGUUGUGACCAUCUCAGUCGACCCCAAGAACCCCGAGAUUACCCACCGUAUCACUGAGUUCGAGUACCGAGAACACUACCAAGAAGAGCUCCGAGGCCGCAUCUACCGAUGCGGGAACCACAAGCAAGGAGGGAUCGGUGGUCGACUCAUCAGCCAAGGCUUCGACUACAUCUACUCCAGCUACGUCUCCUUCGACCACGUCUUCUUCGACCUCGUCUUCUUCGACUGCGUCUUCUUCGACCUCGUCUUCUUCGACUGCGUCUUCUUCGACCGCGUCUUCUUCGACUGCGUCUUCUUCGACUGCGUCUUCUUCGACCGCGUCUUCUUCGACUGCGUCUUCUUCGACUGCGUCUUCUUCGACUGCGUCUUCUUCGACUGCGUCUUCUUCGACUGCGUCUUCUUCGACUGCGUCUUCUUCGACUGCGUCUUCUUCGACUGCGUCUUCUUCGACUGCGUCUUCUUCGACUGCGUCUUCUUCGACUGCGUCUUCUUCGACUGCGUCUUCUUCGACUGCGUCUUCUUCGACUGCGUCUUCUUCGACUGCGUCUUCUUCGACUGCGUCUUCUUCGACUGCGUCUUCUUCGACUGCGUCUUCUUCGACUGCGUCUUCUUCGACUGCGUCUUCUUCGACUGCGUCUUCUUCGACUGCGUCUUCUUCGACUGCGUCUUCUUCGACUGCGUCUUCUUCGACUGCGUCUUCUUCGACUGCGUCUUCUUCGACCGCGUCUUCUUCGACUGCGUCUUCUUCGACCACGUCUUCUUCGACUGCGUCUUCUUCGACCACGUCUUCUUCGACCGCGUCUUCUUCGACUGCGUCUUCUUCGACCGCGUCUUCUUCGACCGCGUCUCCUUCGACUACGUCUACUUCGACUACGACCUCUAG